UGUAUAGUUCUGGGGCAGGAACCAUUUAAUUUGUUUCAUGCCGGAAGAGUAAUGCCGUUGCGCCGUCCUUCACUACAAGACCAUAGACUGUAUGUACAAGACGUACUGGUUAUGUUUUGGGCAAGAUGUCUGAUACUAGCGGAUGCAAGAGGUUCUGACUCUGGAAGGUCUGAACACCUCAAACAUGCUGUCAGGACUUGUUUCUGCUGCCUGCCUCUCUCUGAAGUGGCCUCACUGGAAAGCCACUCUUCACAGAAUGUAUAGCCCAUCAAAGCCAGGGCUAUGGCUACUUGGAACUGUGGUUCAAAGAGGGGCUCAUAGAUGGUCUAAAGCACCAUCAUCAAGGAUAAACCACAGGCCAGUGUUUACCAGGGCUCCAGCAUUUGGAGAUAAGCUUGCUAUCAUAGACAACAGUGGCAGCUACAGCUACAAGCAGCUGUAUUGCAGCAGCUUAGGACUUGCAGGUAGAAUCAGCACCGCUCUCAACUCUGACUUUGGGCGUCUAGAAGGAAAACGAAUCUCCUUCCUGUGUGCUAAUGAUGCUUCUUAUACAGUGGCACAAUGGGCGGCUUGGAUGAGUGGUGCGAUGGCAGUGCCCCUCUACCGAAAACACCCUGAAUCUGAGAUGGAAUACAUCAUCUCUGAUUCCCAGAGUUCACUGCUGGUGGCCGGCCAUCUCUAUGCUGAAACCCUUGAGCCACUGGCACAGAGAUUGGGGCUGCCCUGCCUGACACUGCCCCCUACUUCUAACCUGGGCACUUUAGAUGGGGCAGACACCCAAGAGAAGGAGCCUGGAGACAUCACAGACUGGGCGGAUCGACCAGCUAUGAUUAUCUACACCAGUGGUACCACAGGGAGACCCAAGGGAGUUCUACAUACACACAGCAGCAUCCAAGCCAUGGUCCAGUGUCUGGUUUCAGAGUGGGCGUGGUCCAGAGAUGACGUCAUCCUCCACACCUUGCCCCUCCACCACGUGCAUGGCAUCGUUAACAAGCUGCUGUGCCCACUCUGGGUGGGCGCCACCUGCGUCAUGCUGCCUGAAUUCCAGCCUCAGAAGGUGUGGGAGAUGCUGUUGAGCUCGAAGGCUCCCCUGGUUAAUGUGUUCAUGGCCGUGCCAACUAUCUACUCCAAGCUGAUCCAGUACUAUGAUCAGCACUUCACACAGCCUCACGUCAAGGACUUUGUCAAAGCAGUCUGCAAAGAGAGGAUCAGGCUGAUGGUUUCAGGCUCGGCUGCUCUCCCUCUUCCCACUCUGCAGCGCUGGGAGGAGAUUACAGGACACACACUGCUGGAACGCUACGGCAUGACAGAGAUCGGCAUGGCACUGUCCAACCCUCUCAAGGGCCCACGCAUCCCAGGGGCUGUAGGGUUGCCUCUUCCCGGUGUCGAAGUCCAGAUUGUCAUGAGUAACACAACCAACACCACUAUUGUGGAGGGCAAUCACCGCGAAACUCAGGUACGUCAAGGUCUGGAGGGGAAAGAAGGGGAGCUCCUGGUUCGAGGUCCGUCCGUCUUUCAGGAGUACUGGAACAAACCUCAAGAGACCAGAGAGUCUUUCUCUGAUGACGGCUGGUUCAAAACAGGUGACAUCGCGGUCUAUAAAGACGGUGUGUAUUGGAUUAGGGGCCGCAGCAGUGUUGACAUCAUCAAGAGUGGUGGCUACAAGAUCAGUGCACUCGAGGUGGAGCGUCACCUACUGGCUCAUCCAGAUAUCAUAGAUGUGGCUGUGAUAGGGGCCCCAGAUGCCACUUGGGGUCAGAAAGUCACCGCAGUGGUGCAGCUGAAGAAAGGGCAGAGUAUGACCCUGCCAGAGUUGAAGACCUGGGCGAGGGAGCACAUGGUGCCCUACACCAUCCCCACAGGCCUGGUGCUGGUGGAGGAGAUGCCAAGGAAUCAGAUGGGUAAGGUCAACAAGAAGGACCUCCUGCGACACUUCUUCCCAUGACUGGACCCCCUCGAUAUAUAUGACAACAUACAGUUUCCUGGUUAAAGAACUUCAGAUGUCCUGGCUGUCCCCAUCUGGUCCUCCUGGAUAAACCUCACAGACAACUGUACAGAGGAAAUACAAAUUAAUGGAAAAUCACCUCAUGGAAAAUGACUUAACCUCUAACUUAAUCACAACUAUGAGCACUGCAACAAAGGUAAUUCUAUUACGUUGAAUGCCAAUUAUGCCAAGCGUUGUUAACCAGUUACGGUGUAAGAGAGGUCUGGAAAUCGUUACUUGAUAUGUAAUUUAUUGAGGCAAAAUGAAACAGAACUACGACAAGAGGACACAAAAUGUGUGUCCAAAUUGCAACUGAGUUUA